UCCAGCUGGUGCCUAACUUGCCGCCAGACCCGGCACUGCGCUCGGGGGACAGCAGCGCCCCCUGUCUCCGGGCCUGGUCUCUGCCGCCGCAGCCUCCGCGUUCCGUCAGGGCCGCCCGCGGCUCUGUGGCUCAGCCAGGGCUGCGGCUCAGAGGAGAUAGCGCCAGUGCCUAGGUCGCUGCCGCACUCGCCCACCGCCUUCGUCCCCUUCUUUUCUUCCUGGAAGUGCGUCAGGAAAAGGGAGAGCGAGAGGAGUGUCCACCGCAGAUUAAACUAGCACUGUUUGAAAGAGAACAUUGUUUUCAUCAUGAAUGCCAGUAAAGAUAAAAGACCAAAGUCCAGAAGCCAAGAUUUUCACCUUUUUCAUGCUUUAGUGAUGCUAAGCAUGAUCAUGCUGCUUCCUCCAGUUAUUGGAACGUCUAAGCAAAAUAUUCCGCGACUCAAGCUAACCUACAAAGAUUUGCUUCUUUCAAAUAGCUGUAUACCCUUUUUGGGUUCAGCAGAAGGACUGGAUUUCCAAACCCUGCUAUUAGAUGAGGAGAGGGGCAGGCUGCUCCUGGGAGCCAAGGACCACAUCUUCCUGCUCAGUCUGGUUGACUUAAACAAAAAUUUUAAGAAGAUUUAUUGGCCUGCCGCAAAGGAACGGAUGGAGUUAUGUCAGUUAGCUGGAAAAGAUGCCAAUACAGAAUGUGCAAAUUUCAUCCGAGUACUUCAACCCUAUAACAAAACUCAUAUUUAUGUGUGUGGAACUGGAGCAUUUCAUCCGAUAUGUGGAUAUAUUGAUCUUGGAGUCUACAAGGAGGAAGUUAUGUUCAAGCUAGACACACAUAAUUUGGAAUCUGGAAGGCUGAAAUGUCCUUUUGAUCCUCAGCAGCCUUUUGCUUCAGUAAUGACAGAUGAGUUCCUCUACUCUGGAACAGCUUCUGAUUUCCUUGGCAAAGAUACUGCGUUCACGCGAUCCCUUGGGCCUACUCAUGACCACCAUUACAUCAGAACUGACAUUUCUGAGCACUACUGGCUCAAUGGAGCAAAAUUUAUUGGAACUUUCCCUAUACCAGACACCUAUAAUCCAGAUGAUGACAAAAUAUAUUUCUUCUUUCGUGAAUCAUCUCAAGAAGGCAGUACUUCUGAUAAGACCAUUCUUUCUCGAGUUGGAAGAGUUUGUAAGAAUGAUGUGGGGGGACAACGCAGCCUGAUAAACAAAUGGACAACUUUUCUCAAAGCCAGACUGAUAUGCUCAAUUCCUGGAAAUGAUGGGGCAGAUACUCAUUUUGAUGAGCUUCAAGAUAUUUACUUACUCCCCACAAGAGAUGAAAGAAAUCCUGUAGUAUAUGGAGUGUUUACUACAACAAGCUCCAUCUUCAAAGGCUCUGCCGUUUGUGUAUAUAGCAUGGCUGAUAUCAGAGCAGUUUUUAAUGGUCCAUAUGCUCAUAAGGAGAGUGCAGAUCAUCGUUGGGUGCAGUACGAUGGAAGAAUUCCAUAUCCCCGACCUGGUACAUGUCCAAGCAAAACCUAUGACCCAUUGAUUAAAUCCACCCGGGAUUUUCCAGAUGAUGUCAUCAGUUUCAUAAAGCGGCACCCUGUGAUGUAUAAGUCUGUAUACCCAGUUGCAGGAGGACCAACGUUCAAGCGCAUCAACGUGGAUUACAGACUGACGCAGAUAGUGGUGGAUCAUGUUGUCGCAGAAGAUGGGCAGUAUGAUGUAAUGUUUCUUGGAACAGACAUUGGGACAGUCUUAAAAGUUGUCAGCAUUUCAAAGGAAAAGUGGAAUAUGGAAGAGGUAGUGCUGGAGGAGUUGCAGAUUUUCAAGCACUCGUCAAUCAUCUUGAAUAUGGAAUUGUCUCUGAAGCAGCAACAAUUGUACAUUGGUUCCCGAGAUGGGUUGGUUCAGCUCUCCUUGCACAGAUGCAACACUUAUGGGAAAGCUUGUGCAGACUGUUGCCUUGCCAGAGACCCCUACUGUGCCUGGGAUGGAAAUGCAUGUUCUCGAUAUGCACCCACUUCAAAAAGGAGAGCUAGACGCCAAGAUGUGAAGUAUGGGGACCCAAUAACCCAGUGCUGGGACAUAGAAGACAGUAUUAGUCAUGAAACUGCUGAUGAAAAGGUGAUUUUUGGCAUUGAAUUUAAUUCGACCUUUCUGGAAUGUAUACCUAAAUCUCAACAAGCAUCUAUUAAGUGGUAUGUCCAGCAGUCAGGAGAUGAACAUCGAGAGGAGUUGAAACCCGAUGAAAGGAUCAUCAAAACAGAAUAUGGGCUACUGAUUCGUAGCUUGCAAAAAAAGGACUCUGGGAUAUAUUACUGCAAAGCACAGGAGCACACUUUCAUCCACACCAUCAUGAAGCUGACUUUGAAUGUCAUUGAGAAUGAACAGAUGGAAAAUACCCAGAGGGCAGAGCACGAGGAAGGGCAGGUCAAGGAUCUGUUGGCUGAGUCACGGUUGAGAUACAAAGACUACAUCCAAAUCCUUAGCAGCCCAAACUUCAGCCUCGACCAGUACUGCGAACAGAUGUGGCACAGGGAAAAGCGGAGACAGCGAAACAAGGGCAGCCCAAAGUGGAAGCACAUGCAGGAAAUGAAGAAGAAGCGAAAUCGAAGACAUCACAGAGACCUGGAUGAACAUCCUAGAGCUGUGGCCACAUAGUUUUCUAUUUAAUUUAAAGGAAAGAAUUCUUUACUUGCAAAAAUACUGUCUUCUGUUUCAUAUAUCCCUUAUGCUAACUCAUCAGUGCUUUCCAUGGAGUUUUGCUAAGGCUCAAGAACAAUAACCUGAAUAAGACUAUGUAUGGUGAAUAUGGGAUAGUAACGGCAAAUAACUCAUCUGAACCGUUUUCCAAGAACUAAACUUGCAAUUGUAAAGUAUAAGAAUUAUCCUCAAAAUAGGGGCUUUACAUUUGUAACUGUUUUUAUGUUUUAAGUGUUUGAAUUUAUCAUAUGUAAAUAGUUGAGCUAAGCAAGCAUCAAAUUUGACAUUGUAAAUCUGUUAGGCAUGGAGUGUACCAUGCAGUUGUGCUAUGUUCUUAUGAACAUGUAUCAUUCCACUCUCGAACUGGCUACUUUGUGGUAGGAAUUGGAGGGAAGACAAAAAUUUAGAUAGUUCACAUUAUCAACAGAAACUUCCCAGUGAGCCAUUCACUCUUGGAGCAUGGUUUAGGAAUUUGGAGACAUGCAUUGUUUCUUUCAGAUCACAGGAGCUGCAUUUAGUGUACUGUGGUAGUGAUUUACUGAAGCGCAUAAAUGCUCCUCCCAGGCUUCCUUAUGACUUGUGAAGGCUAACAGGUUCACAGGGGAGAAGCUGAUGUUCAGUUAGGUGUUUUAAGAAAAUAUGCUAAGCUUUAUGGGGACAUAAGGCUUAAUAAAUAUUUUAAUAAGAUAUGUGAAAAUAAUAAGAUAAGGAAAACAUGACAUACACUGCAUCCCAGUGAGAAGACAUGUGGAUGGGAUUAGUUAGGAGACAGAAGGAAAGACAGCCAUAAAUUCUGGCUUUGGGGAAAAUUCGUCCCCAUAUAAGGGAAGAAUAAUCACAAUAAAGCAGGUGAAAUUUAAUGGAAUUUUACUUGCUUGAGCAGAAGUAACUGCCAAUUUGCAAUCCAUGUGUUAAAGAAAAUCCAGAGUAUAACAAACUGCUAGCAAAAUUCUGAGGAAAAGUAAUUUUUCUGAAGGAACAAGGAAAGGAUGUACACAAAUCUUAUUGACAGUCAGUGGGAUUUCAAUGUAUACUUCCUUUCUUUUUCUAAAGAUUUAUCAUACUCUGCAUAUUAUUUCCAGUUAGUGUCUUUAUUCUCUAUUGAAUAUUAGAUCAUUUGAUUAUAUCUGAGUGACUAGGAAAUAAACAGUAUAUAUACAGAGAGAGAUAGAAUUAGGUAGAUGAUAAUGGUGGGGAGUGGGGAUAUAUAUUUGGUGACUAACAGAAUAAAUACGAAAAUUUGACAACGGAAAGGGUUAAAUCAACUCUUUGACAUCUUUUCUUCACACUAUUUUGCAUUUCUCAUGCUAUAUAUCGUAAACCAAGUAGUAUUGUUUUAGGAAUUUAACAAUGAACCUAUCAUAUGUAAAGAAAAAUUCACAACAGUAACAUAAACAUCUCUCAUAUUUUGAUAGCACUUUGAAAUGUUUCCCUUUUGACUUUCCCUCUGAAUAUGUAUGGUGUGAUUCCUGCCUAUUAAGCAGGACUCAUCUUUCCUUCUUAUUAUACACAACCCUCAGCCUUCUUCUGUUUUGCCUUUUCACGCCCUUUUUUGUGUGAAAUGAAAACUUCCUCACAUGGAAGGCAGCUUUUCCGAAAACUAAAUAACAGACGUUGCUUGUUUCUCAUGCAUUUGACAUGCCUUGAAAGAAAAGUCUGUGAGAAACCCUUGUGAUUAGAGGGCAGCUUAUUAUAGUGUUCAGUAUCCCAUCUGUGGCACUGACUCUAGGUUCAGGACAUUGUUCUCUUGUUUAUUCAUUUUAUUUGCUUUGCACACCUAACUCAAAGUUGUCACACUGAUAUACAUAUCUCAUAUAUAUAUAUGAGAUUAGAUACACUCUUUUGAUAAGAUAAUCAUGAAUAUUUGUUGAUGUUUCACUAUAAAGAAAAUUUAAGGAAGUUACAUUAAAACAAAGGGAACCAAGAAGAAUCACUCUUUUAAAAAGUAAAGCCUAAGAAUACUUAUGGCAGGAUCAGACUGCUAAUUGCAUCAAAACAAGGGUAUGUAUACCUGUUGACUUGCUGGGUUAAAAUGUUCCAGGAACUCAUAGCAACCUCAAAGCAAAUAAGUGGAAGCAUGUUUUAGUUUCUAAAGAUUUCCAAAUAUUUGCGUAUCAGACAGAUAUGAUCAAAUUAUGGAUGGCUUGGAAAACCACAUGAAGCCCAAGUGUUAGGAUUAACUUGUGAAAAUAAAUUUUAUUUUCAUCAAAAUAUAAAUGUCCAAGCUAUUUUUUAAUUUACUACUUUCUAAUCAUAGUUAUUCAGACAGAAAUUUGGGAACUUAUUUCAUGCUUUAUAUCUCAGAACUUUAUCUAAUGUUCUGUCUGCCUAGGAUCCAAAGUAUUAGUUUAUGAUAAUCGCUUAAUAUAUAUAGAAAUAUGACUAGUAUACUGAAAUAUCAUAAUAAAAACUGACUCUAUGGGCAAAGACUUCUAUGUAUUUAAAAAGAAGGCAUCUAAAGCAUGUUUAAAUUUCUUAACCCUUUGAUUGCCUACAACCUUUAGUGGAAUUGUGCAAUAUAUUAUACCCAUAUAUGCUUCCUCAUUGUAUGCUUUCUCACCAUUGAAAGUUUUAUCAAAUCAGCUUUGAAAUAAUGAAAAAGAAAAUCAUAGGAAGGAAAAGAAACAGUUCCACAAGCUGUUUAUCAGUUGACCUACUGUAUCUUUAUGGAAAUGUAUUGUGGAAUCAUUAACCAUUUGGUUUGAAUAUAAGCAUCUUGGUGGAUAUUUCCUUCUUGCUCCUGUGCCCCAUGAAUCCUGGCACUGUGGUAAGAGCUUAGUAUGAUCCUAUUGAUUGAAAAUAGUAGUAACAGAUUCCAAAAUCCCUUUUUUUCCUUUUAGGCUCACAUAAUGUAAUCAUGAAAUAGUUAUACAAACAAGUUAUUUAAUUUGUGGUUUUGUCUAUAUAAUGCCAGAAAGCAGGCUGUCAGGAUUAGGUGGUUGUAAGCAAUUACUGAACCAGCCUUGCUUUAGUUAGAUGCCCACCCAUAUGUUCCACUUUGAAACUGAUGCUCCCACUGCCUGAACUACAAACGACAAACACAUUUAUACAACCUAUGGGCAAGAGCUUUGUAACCUAACAACCCCCACUUAUGUGGCAAAAUUUGAACUGUCCAUUGCUUAUGCUUAAUAUAUCUUGGUAGAAGAGACCAACGUCUUUUGCCUUUAGAGUAUUUUGGCUAUUAAAUUUAUACCAUAAUUAAUAUACUGCACUGAACUACUCAACAGACAGAAAUAACUAGUUUAGAACCUCACUUUGAUUCUGGCUGAGCAUUGUGAAUGUGAUAUUUUGUGCGUUUGUCUUAGAAACCUCUUCAAUGACAUUUGGUUUCAGCCGUAUUUCAAGCACAUCUUUUUAAAACCUAUUUUGGUGUCUCACCGCAAUCAGGUGAUGGCUUUCUAGUGGAGGUUUUAGUGGGGUUCCAUACUGAAGACCAUCUUUUCUGUUCAAUAGCUGUCUAGUCAUUUAAAUAGGCUAAUGAAAAAAAGGAUAUUUUUUCUAAGAGGAUAUUUAGUGAGAAAACAGUUGUGUAAGAAAACUGGAUUUGAAAAUGACUAUAAUUAUGGUGCAUAACAUAGCACCAGAGUAAUAAAACAAAAUAUCAAUAUUCAUGACAAAACUAAAAUAAUAAAUUUUUAAAAAAUCUCUUUAUCCAAGUUAGUAUCAGAAAUUACCACUAUUGGUGUUUCACAUAUUAUGAGACAUUUUGUAAUGCUUAAUUUAGUAAUAAACCAUGGUACGAAAAAGCAGGUUAAAUCUUUGAAGGUAAAAUCUAUAUUAAUCACAAGACUUUGUAAUUCAUUCUUCCCUGAAUUGUAUAUAUGUUCCUUGUUUUAAAUUAGAGCCCUGUAACAUUUUAUUUAAUACACAUUUUGAAAUUUUCUAGGUUAUUUUUAUUAGAUUACGGAACACUAGUUAAUAGUUUCAAAUACACUCGCCCAACAAAUCAGCUCUCCAUGGAGAGGGUCUUAAAAUAUUUAUGUUUAUUCUUGGUUUUUAAUUUGUCUUCCUUGUCUUCAAUGCAUAUAUCUAUAACCCCCUUGUGUGUUCUCUCCUGCAUUUCAUUCCAGCUAUUUAUGCUGCUAAAUGGAAUCCUGCCUGUUGCAUUCAUUUAUAUUCAAUUUAUUGGGAAUUUUAAGAGUUUGUUUAGAAAUGGAUAGUUUUGGUAAUUAAGUUAUGUAGAACUAUUUCUUUUUCCCAAAGAGCUUAAAACAACUGCAUUCACAUUAUUGAAUGAACAUUUCUGAAAACCAACAAAAUCACUUAAGAUAUGGAAAAAUAGUCAUAGGGAAAUUUAGAAAUUUGUAAAAGCCACAACGGUAGUAGAAGAACUAUAGUUCACACCACAUCUCAUCAUUCUGUUGGCUAAAUAGUGCUUGUUUAUAAUAUACUGGCUGCAAAAUGGUCUGACUCUUGAAUUUCUUCCUGCUGAAUCGUAUAGACCCAACUAAAAGAUAAAUUGACAGUGAUCGGUGUCUGUUUUUCAACAUUGCCAAAAUUAAAUUUUCAAGGACAACUUAAUAUAUUCAGAUGUCUACGAAGUAAUAACAUGGAAGCAGAGCAGUCAUUAAACACUGAUUUUUAAAAAUUAAGCAUAAAAUAUAUUUCAUCUAUAUCAUAAAUAUGAUUGGAAAUCAAAACUGAAAUAGUUUCCAUUUUUAAUGAUGUUACAUUUGACUUAAAUUGAUUGGCUAUCUUGGGAAUGGAUAGUUUAAAAAAAUAAGUAUGCUUGAAUUUUUUUUAAUAGAAAGAUACGUAUUUUUCUCUCAAGUGACCACACAGUAUUUAAAUAAUUCAGUUAUAUGUGUGAUGAGAUUAAAAAUAAAAGUUUUUUAAUUCCCAGAUUAUACACAUUGGUAGUGCAAAGACGGAAACAUGCACACGACUUAUACCUCUCAUUUAAAUAUUUGUAGUAUAAAAUAUUUAUAGAAAGUUUUAGAUAGAUGAUUUUUGGGGAAAGGGUAAAUAUCUCUCAGAAGCCAUAGUUAAUCAUGUAAUUUAAUUCUGGUAUUGUAAGUGGUUAGCAAACAAUAAUACAUUUACAAUUUUGCUAUUUUGAAAGAAAAUGUAGCCUUGUAGUCUAAAAUAAUUGAACAUUGUUAAAUGUAUAUUUUGGUUGUAUUAUAAUAAAACACAAACUUUAGUGUUCCAUGAUU